AUGGUCACACUGACAUCCAUCAGUUUCCAGUCCAGGAAACAGACGGCGACAUCUGGAGCAGUUAGCGAGGAGAAAACUGAUAUGGGCAGCACCAGUGAAUCUAAUGAGGUAGAUAAAAUGACUAUUGAAGAAUCCUUGAGCUCCAAGAAAAGAAAAGCAGGCCAGAUAAAACUAGGGACAAAUGUUUCUUUCAAGAAAAUAGAAGGAAAAGUGGAUAGUUUUAUUGAGGAGGUCAAUCCAACAAUUUCCUUACCCAAGCCAGAAGAUUUCCUUUCUCCAUGCCAUCUUAGUGAGCUUCAGGCAGCUGCAAUCAAAGUGCAGAAAUUUUACAAGAGCUACCGGACUAGGCGGAACCUUGCAGAUUGCGCUGUUGUAGUCGAGGAGCUAUGGUGGAAGGCAUUGGACUUUGCUGCUCUUAAACGCAGCUCUGUGUCAUUCUUUAACUCUGAUAAAUCAGAAACUGCUGUCUCCAGAUGGUUGCGUGCUAGGACUCGGGCUGCCAAGGUUGGAAAGGGUUUGUCAAAGGAUGAGAAGGCCCAGGAAUUAGCUCUAAGACAUUGGCUUGAAGCGAUUGAUCCACGCCAUCGUUACGGGCACAAUCUGCACUUGUAUUAUGAUGUCUGGUUUAACAGUGGGAGCUCUCAACCUUUCUUCUAUUGGUUGGAUGUUGGAGAUGGAAAAGAAGAAAAUCUUGAGAAGUGUGCUAGAGCUGAUUUGCAGCGUCAGUGCAUCAAAUACCUUGGACCGAAAGAGAGGGAAGCUUAUGAAGUGAUUGUACACGGCGGGAAGCUUGUGUACAGACAAAGUAGGAACCUUGUGAAUACUGCUGUGGGUUCUAAAUGGAUCUUUGUCCUCGACGCAUCGAGGAACAUGUACGUAGGGGAGAAGAAGAAAGGCUUUUUCCAACACUCCAGUUUUCUAGCAGGAGGUGCCACCAUUGCAGCCGGGAGAUUGGUUGCAUGCAAGGGGGUUCUCGAGGCUGUAUGGAGCUAUAGCGGUCAUUACCGCCCAACAGAAGAGAGUUUUUUGGAAUUCAUUAGCUUCCUAGAGGAGCAUAAGGUGGACAUGACAAAUGUGAAGAAAUGUCCCAUAGAUGAUGAUAUUCCACCUUCGAAACCUACGAAAAAAGUGAUUAAUACUGAGUCUACGGAAACUAAAGGCUCCACUUCCACUAAUAUACCAAACGGUCAAAAUGAACAUAAUGUGGAUGGCGUCGGAACUAACGUUGAAGAAGCACCAGAAUUCGACUCAGGCAGGUCUUUGUUUUGCAAAUGGACUACCGGAGCCGGUCCUCGAAUCGGAUGUGUACGAGACUACCCAGCGGAGCUCCAAAUUCAGGCACUUGAGCAGGUCAAUCUAUCACCAAGAGUCAUACCAGAAAGUUCUGCCAGCAAUGCUCCAAUUCCUUCACCAAGACCAAGUCCAAAAAUCCACUUGUCACCUAGGCUUGCAUGCAUGGGACUGCCAAAUCAUCACUAG